CAUAACCCUAGUGACCAAGCGAAUUAAAAAAGAAAUGUUUUCAAAAAUUGUUGUCGUCGGCUCAUGUAUGAUCGAUUUCACUAGUUUUGCGCCCCGUUUACCGAAAGCUGGUGAAACGAUAAUUGCUAGAAAGUUCGAAAUAAAAUACGGUGGGAAAGGUGCUAAUCAAUGUGUACAAGCUGUCAAACUUGGUGCCUCUGCGACAAUCGUAGCUUGCUUGGGUUACGAUAUUUAUGCCCAGGAGUACUUAAAAAUAUUUAAGAAACUGAAUAUAGACACUACAAAUAUUUCUAUAGUAGAAGACCAGCACAGUGGGAUAGCAAAUAUUAUAGUUGCUGACAAUGGAGAGAACAGCAUAGUAACGGUGCUCGGAGCAAACGAGUCGCUAAGUACCAAACAUGUGGACUCGGCGGCCGAUACGAUUAAAAGUGCCUCCGUUCUACUAUGUCAAUUCGAGACAUCCUUAGAAAGCACUUUACAUGCAUUGAAGCUUUACAAAGGCCACGGUUUUUCAAUUGUGAACGGGGCGCCUGCGACGGCAAAAGUUGAUUCGGAACUGCUGAGCCUCUGUGACGUAUUCUGCGUCAACGAGACCGAGACGGAAGUUAUGACGGGGGUGCUGCCUGAGGAAUUAUCGAGUAUUCAGGAAGCCAUUGGCCGCUUGCUGGAUAUGGGUUGCAACACGGUGAUCCUUACCCUUGGAGAACGGGGAGCAGCUUACGCUUCUCGGGAGGACAGGACUGUUAAGCUGGUUCCUACAACAUCUGUUCAGCCUGUUGAUUCGACAGGAGCUGGAGAUGCGUUUCUGGGUGCUUUUGCGUAUUUCAAAUCGUAUCAUCCGGACCUUACGAUGGACGAAUGCGUCCGACGGUCUUGUUACGUGGCGACGCAGUCUGUGUUGAAAUUCGGCACACACUCGAGUUUCGCGACCAGGGACAGUCUGUCACCGGAUCUGUUCGUUUGAUCUGUUAAGAGGAAUUGCAUAGUUUAGAGCAAUUCCUUUUAUUUGUAGUUCCCACACUUUUCCUCUUUUUACACAUUGAUUGGUUGUUAUUUAUCCGUUCUUCCUUGUCUGUGUCGAAUUUUAUGCAAAUAAAAUGAAUGAUUCACGAAUGAA